AAAACUCAGCAGCUUCAGGUCCCUUCCCUCCUUGCAGUAGGAUGGAUGCUGUUUGGAUGUGCUUAUAGCUGAACAGGAUUUGUGCUGUGUAUGGAAGGAGCUUGCAGACUCUCAAACAAUACCCCAGUCACCUUGAGCAAGAGUAUCAGCUGACGUGGGUCCAAUAUUAGACAUGUUCCGCAACAGUUUGAAGAUGCUUCUCAGUGGCGGUAAAUCAAACCGGAAAAACAGGUCCAGCGAUGGAGGGACUGAGGAGCCACAGGACAGGAGGCAGCACAGCGUAGACUCUCGGCACGGUCGAGCUUCCCAAGGUGUCUCUUCGCUAGAAAACGACUGUGCUUUUGAGCCAGAUUACGCUAUUGCCCCCCUACCUGUCACAGAGGGCAUGCAGCAUAUAAGGAUGAUGGAGGGCAUGUCCCGCUCGCUGCCAUCCUCUCCUCUACUCACCCACCAAGCAAUCAGUGUCCGUCUUCAGCCCGUCAAGAAGCUAGCUGCCCCAUUGAGGAAAGCAAAGUUUGUGGAGAGCCCCAGAAUUCCAGAAUCUGAACUAGGAUCCCCGACUCUUGGCUCAACCCAGAACCUGGUCACUGAUGCCUACCUGCUGGAUGAAGAGGAGUCUGUACUGGGCCCCCCUCCAUCCGUUGAUGAAGCAGCCAACACCCUCAUGACCCGAUUGGGCUUCCUCCUGGGAGAGAAAGUCAGUGAAGUCCAGGCCACUGGUCCUCAGUACAGCAUGGAGGGGCAAGAGGACAACCAGGGCUCGGCGGUGACCCAGCGAAUCAGUCCUUGUUCGACUCUGACCAGCAGCACGGCUUCUCCACCCGCCAGUAGUCCCUGCUCUACCCUUCCUCCCACCAACACCAACGCCCCUGUCAAGGACUGCAGCCCCACUUCCACUUUAGAGAGCAGGGACAGUGGCAUCAUUGCCACCCUAACCAGCUACUCUGAGAAUAUGGACCGGUCCAAAUAUGGAACAGAGAGCAACAAGGAAGGAAGCUCCCGAGGGUGCGGGAAACAGUCCCAAAAGUCCAUGGAUUCCUGUCUGUACCGUGUGGAUGAAAACCUCAUGGCCUCAACUUUCAGUCUCAACAAAAUUCCAGAGAGGGGACUGGAUACUGUACUUUCUCAGUCUGUACAGUCCAUCCCCCUCUACCUCAUGCCUCGACCCAACUCCGUGGCAGCCACCAGCUCAGCACAUCUGGAAGAUCUUGCUUACUUAGAUGAGCAGCGGCACACACCCCUGCGCACAUCUCUGCGGAUGCCACGUCAGACCCUGGGAGGACCACGCACACCACAAGACCUCCGAGUCCGCUUCGCUCCUUAUCGGCCCCCAGACAUUUCUUUAAAGCCCUUGUUGUUUGAGGUUCCAAGUAUCACCACAGACACAAUGUUUGUGGGUCGUGAUUGGCUUUUCCAUGAAAUCGAUGCACAGCUGCAGAGCGACGAUGAGAGUGUGAACCAGGGAGUCGUAAUAUGUGGCAAUAUCGGCUUUGGGAAGACAGCCAUCAUCUCUCGACUUGUGUCCUUGAGCUGCCAUGGGACCCGCCUGAGACAGAUCUCUUCAGAUAGCCCCCAUGCAUCCCCUAAACAUUCUGAAGCAAAUCGCGAACUAACCCAAACUGGACAAUCCCAUACUCUAUCCAGCGGGAGCUGCCCCGGAACACCGGAAACGCGCAGGCGUCAGGAAGAAGCCAUGAGACGGAUAGCUGCACAGGUAGUGGCAUACCAUUACUGCCAGGCUGACAAUGCAUACACGUGUCUGGUACCUGAAUUCGUCCACAAUGUAGCCGCCCUGCUCUGCCGUGCCCCCCAGCUUGUUGCGUAUCGAGAACAGCUCCUGCAUGAGCCUCACCUACAGAGCCUUCUAAGCUUACGCUCCUGUGUCCAAGACCCAAUCGCUUCAUUCCGAAGGGGUGUCCUUGAGCCUUUAGAAAACCUAUACAAAGAAAGGAAGAUUCCGGACGAGGAUUAUAUUAUAUUAAUAGACGGGCUGAAUGAAGCCGAGUUCCACAAGCCGGACUAUGGUGACACUAUUGUGUCCUUCCUGAGUAAGAUCAUCGGAAAGUUCCCGCAUUGGCUAAAGCUGAUUGUGACUGUGAGGACCACCCUGCAGGAAAUCACCAAGCUGCUUCCGUUUCAUCGUAUUUUUCUUGAUCGAUUGGAGGAAAACGAGGCCAUAGAUCAGGACCUUCAGGCCUACAUUCUACAGCGAAUCCACAGCAGCUCAGAAAUCCAGAACAAUAUUUCCCUCAAUGGCAAGAUGGACAACACCACCUUUGGAAAACUCAGUUCUCACCUAAAGACGUUAAGCCAGGGCUCCUAUCUUUACCUAAAGCUGACGUUUGAUCUUAUAGAGAAGGGCUAUUUAGUUCUCAAGAGCUCCAGUUAUAAGGUUGUUCCAGUGUCGCUGUCUGAGGUUUACUUAUUACAGUGCAACAUGAGAUUUCCAACUCAAUCCUCUUUUGAGAGGGCCCUUCCCCUUCUUAACGUGGCAGUGGCCUCUCUACACCCAUUGACUGAUGAGCACAUCUUCCAGGCAAUCAACGCAGGCAGUGUGGAUGGAGGUCUAGAAUGGGAGGACUUUCAGCAGCGUAUGGAGAAUCUUUCCAUGUUCUUGAUCAAAAGGAGGGACCUAACACGAAUGUUUGUGCACCCAUCUUUCCGGGAGUGGUUAAUCUGGAGAGAGGAUGGAGAGAAGACAAAGUUCCUGUGUGAUCCUCGGAGCGGGCAUAUUCUGUUGGCGUUCUGGUUUGCUCGGCAAGAAGGAAAGUUGAACAGACAGCAGACCAUCGAGCUUGGCCACCAUAUACUUAAAGCUCAUAUUUUCAAGGGCCUGAGUAAAAAAGUUGGCGUCUCUUCCUCCAUUUUACAAGCCCUGUGGAUCUCCUACAGCACAGAUGGUCUCUCCAUGGCUCUAGCAUCUCUUAGAAAUCUCUACACACCUAACAUCAAGGUGAGUCGACUACUCAUCAUGGGAGGAGCCAAUGUGAAUUACCGCACUGAGGUACUGAACAAUGCCCCCAUCCUGUGUGUGCAGGCACACCUGGGGUACACUGAGAUGGUGGCCCUGCUGCUAGAAUUCUCGGUCAAUGUUGAUGCUAGUUCGGAGAGCGGUCUUACCCCAUUGGGAUAUGCCGCUGCAGCGGGUCACCUGACCAUUGUUAUGCUGCUCUGCAAAAGACGUGCUAAGGUGGAUUUGCUGGAUAAGAAUGGCCAGUGUGCUCUGGUCCAUGCUGCCCUUCGUGGUCACCUAGAAGUUGUCAAGUACCUCAUCCAGUGUGAUUGGACAAUGUCCGGACAGCAGUCGAGCGUCCUGAAGAAGAGUCAAGCCAUACAGCAAGCACUGAUUGCUGCAGCCAGUAUGGGGUAUUCAGAGAUUGUCUCUUACCUGCUGGAUCUCCCAGAGAAAGAUGAAGAGGAGGAGCAGAGAGCUCAAAUUAACAGCUUUGAUGGCCUUUGGGGAGAGACUGCACUAACCGCUGCUGCCGGGCGAGGGAAGCUAGAAGUCUGCCGUCUUCUUUUAGAACAAGGUGCAGCUGUGUCCCAACCGAACCGUCGAGGAGUGGUUCCGAUAUUUAGUGCUGUAAGACAGGGCCACUGGCAGAUUGUGGACCUGCUUCUCACACAUGGGGCAGAUGUGAACAUGGCGGAUAAACAAGGUCGUACACCAUUAAUGACCGCAGCAUCCGAGGGGCAUGUAGCCACUGUUGAAUUUCUGCUUGCUCAAGGAUCUUCCAUAGGUUUGAUGGACAAAGAAGGUUUGACUGCCUUAAGCUGGGCCUGUCUUAAGGGACACCUAGCUGUUGUGAGAGGUCUUGUGGAGAGUGGGGCUGCUACUGAUCAUGCUGAUAAAAAUGGGCGUACACCGCUGGACCUUGCAGCAUUCUAUGGAGACGCUGAAGUGGUCCAGUUCUUGGUGGAUCAUGGAGCGAUGAUCGAACAUGUAGACUACAGUGGAAUGCGCCCGCUGGACAGGGCUGUGGGCUGCAGAAACACCUCUGUUGUAGUGGCCUUGCUAAAGAAAGGAGCCAAGAUAGGCUGUCAAACCCUACCAAGCCGUCCCAAAGGUCCAGCCACCUGGGCCAUGGCAACUUCCAAGCCGGACAUCAUGGUCAUUCUGCUGAGUAAACUGAUGGAGGAGGGAGACAUGUUUUACAAGAAGGGGAAGGUAAAAGAGGCUGCCCAGAGGUACCAGUACGCUAUGAAGAAGUUCCCUCGUGAGGGAUUUGGGGAAGAUCUCAAGACUUUCAGAGAGCUCAAGGUUUCUCUCCUGCUUAAUUUGUCUCGUUGCCGCCGGAAGAUGAAUGACUUCGGCAUGGCGGAGGAAUUCGCCACUAAAGCUCUGGAGCUCAAGCCAAAAUCAUAUGAGGCAUUCUACGCCCGAGCCAGAGCCAAGCGGAGCAGCAGGCAGUUCUCUGCAGCUCUGGAAGAUCUGAACGAGGCGAUCCAGCUUUGUCCUAACAACCGUGAGAUCCAAAGGCUCUUGAUGCGGGUAGAGGAGGAGUGCAGACAGGUACAGCAGGAGGAGGAGGUUCAAGAGAUGCAGGAUGAACCUGAGCCAGAAGUUCAACAUGAUGAGAGAGACUCCACACAAGAAGACCUAUAUGAAGAGGAAUAUAUUGAGCAGGAUAUGGACAAUGUGCCAAUGGCUUUGCAAAAUGAAGGAAGGCAAUGCCAGAGUCUUACAGGCAUGCAAAGUCCACCUCAGUCUCCUGCCCAUCGAGACUCUGCUUAUAUGUCUGGCUCGCACCAAGUCUUUGACUUCAGGUCCAAUAGUUCGGUGGGCUCUCCUACUCGGCAAGGCUACCAGUCCACUUCACCAUCCCUUUCUCCCACACACCAGAACUCACACUACAGGCCAAGCCCGCCACAUACGUCUCCAGCCCAUCAGACCUCAUCCUACAGAUUCAGCCCACCACCUGUAGGAGGCCAGGUGAUGGACUACCCCAGCCCACCGCCUUCACCAUUACGAAGAGCGCCACAGUAUAGAGCUAGUCCACCCAGUGAAAGCAUUGGGAUGUACAGGCAGCAGUCUGGUUCUCCGGUACGAUACCAGCAAGACCAAUGUGUGGGGCAGCUCCCUGGGAGACCCAAGUCUCCCUUAUCGAAAAUGUCACAGAGGUCCUUCCAAAUGUCACAACUUCCUACAGCUGUUCCCCAACCUGCACACAGAUUGCAACCAGCCAAGGCUCAGAUUGUACGGAGCAACCAACCCAGCUCUGCGGUGCACUCUAGUGCUGUAAUUCCUGGAGGACCAUAUGGUCAGGUGGCACAUGGCAUGGCAAGUAAAUACCAGACAUCAUCAGGGGAAAUGAGCCAAAGCCGACUAGUGUAUCAAGCCUCCUUGGGUGGUCUAAUAGCUGAUGGACGUCCUGUACAGCAUGUGCAGGCUAGUUUGAGCGCAGGUGCUAUUUGCCAACAUGGAGGAAUUGCAAAGGAAGAUAUACCCCAGCGACCCUCAUCUGCCUACAGGGGUGGAAUGAGGUAUAACCAAACACCACAGAUUGGACGAAGUCAAUCUGCAUCCUACUAUCCAGUAUGUCACUCAAAGCUAGAUCUUGAGCGUUCUUCUCUUCCCUCCAACCAGCUGGGGUCCCCAGAUGUUUCCCAUCUCAUUAGGAGACCUGUGAGCAUUAACCCCAGCGAAAUCAAGCCUCAUCCACCAACUCCAAGGCCGUUGUUACACUCACAGAGUGUUGGACUACGCUUCUCUCCAUCCAGCAACAGUAUUUCUUCCUCUUCCAGCCUCUCUGCUACUUUUCGCCCCUCUGCCUCCAUCCAGCAAAUGGAAAUUCCACUUAAACCAGCUUAUGAGCGGCUAUGUGAUGAGCUAUCUCCUGUGUCCCCACCACAGGGAAAUUACCCUAAUGAGCCAACUCGCUCCCGGACCACUCCUUUCAUGGGUAUAAUUGAUAAAACGGCACGGACUCAACAAUAUCCCCACCACCACCAGCAGAGCCGGACAUGGGCAGUGUCCUCUGUGGACACCGUUCUCAGUCCCACAUCUCCUGGGAUCCUCCCACAGCAGGAAUCUUUCAGUCCCCCCUCCUCGAUCAGCAACAUCGCCUUUUAUAACAAAACCAACAAUGCACAGAACGGGCAUCUGCUCGAAGACGACUACUAUGGGCCACAUGGAGUGUUGGCCAAUGGCUCUCGAGGGGACAUUUUGGAGAGAGUUACACAGGCCUCCUCUUACCCUGACGUCAAGGUUGCCAGAACACUGCCUGUUGCACAGGCUUACCAGGACAACCUGUACCGGCAACUGUCCCGGGACUCCCGACAGGGCCAGACCUCGCCCAUCAAACCAAAGAGACCAUUUGUGGAGUCCAAUGUGUAGGACAAAUGACUCUUUACCCAGACCUGCUUCCUUCUUUACCAGAGUAUCAUAUCCUUUUGCAAACACUCAUUCUCUCUAAACCCUCCUUAAAAUCUGGUGAUGAAGCAAAUCUUCCUGAGACAUCAGUCUUUUCCCAUUCCUUCUCUUCCAUUUGCUAGCUCUGGACUGUGAACAUCAGUGUCUCUUACACCCACUACACUGAGCAGAGCUGGCUUUCUAGUGCUGGGUUUAAUCUAGUACUGAACAAUUUGGAUUCUUUGAGUAUACACCUGGACCGCCCCCUCACAUUUUCCACAUUUCUAUUUUAAUUUGGGAAUGUAUUUUAUUGUUAACAGAUUUUAACCAGAAAUUGCACUUAACCUCACUAGGCCUCCCGGUCAGCCCCUAGUCCCUCCUAUCCAACUUUAUAGGGAUUUAUUAGGAGUGAAUCGUUAACUCCUGUCGACAAAGCUUCUGCAGGCAGUGUGCUUGGGGCUUGGCAGAUAUUCUGGCAUGCUUGUGUGGAUUAUUUGUGAGACCCUCUAUGUGUGAACAGAGAGACUGUGUGGCUAUUAACAAGACUCAAAACUAAGGGCAUCUUCAGUAGAAUGGGGGAACCCUGAUUUAGUUUUUUUUAAAACAAAGGGCUCUUUAUACGUACAUUCACAUUUUAAAGCUGACACACUUGUUUUUCAUGAAGUUAGAUUUUUAUUUAAUGUACAAUUCACUUCAAGGUUUAAUAUUUCGAUUUCAGGUCUCUGUCUUGACCCAGUUUCACACACUAUUCUUCUAGCCUUUUGUAAACUUUUGAUGAAAGACAAGUUUUGGAUUUAUUUUAUUUAUGAGUAUAUAGGUUGGUGUGUCUGUAUUCCUUGAGGAAUUCGGGGGGAGGGGAAAACAUGACAAGUUGUAAAGUGACAGUCUGACAGUUUAUAGAUUUAUAUGGUGACUGUCGAGUAGCUUCCAAACAUAAAGGGUCUAUGGAUCUCUUCUUGAGUCGAUCUCUGUGAUUAGUAUUAAUUUGGGUAAUAGGCAGCUAUAAAUGCACAGUCCACAAAAAAAAAGGAUUAUUGUGUUUUGGACCUCAUGCAGCUUCUAGUUACUUCAUUAGUUUGAAAUUGAUCAAAUCUAUUUAGAGAAGAAAAGUGGUACUGUUGGUGAUGGUUUAGGUUGAGAUUGGAUGAUGAGCACUGGGAUGUCCACAUGGCAUGUACCAAAUCUUUUUUUUUUUUUUUUUUUUUUUAAUGUCCCAAUACGAAUUUUAGAAGUUCUACUUUAUUUUCCUAUGAAGCAAUUAUUAUUUUGCAAUGCACAGGGAACUUCCCAACUAUAAACAUGUUCAUUAUAAGAAACAGACCUACUAGACUGCUAUAGGUUUAUGACACUAUCAAAAAAAAAAAAAAAAAUGUCCGAUGCAUAUUUGACCACAUGUAAAUUAUUCCGAGGUGUAAAAUAAUGGCAAA